AUGGAUAGAAAGUCUGCUAGAAUAAAAGCAGAGUUACAAAGAUAUGGUUGGAGAGUUUCGAAGAAUUUUAAAUAUAGGAAGGGAAGACCCAUAAAAGUCUAUGACAAAUUGUCUGGUCUUCGCUACGAAAUGGAUUUGGAAACAGCACGUGCCAAUUAUCCAAACAGACUAGAAAGGUUAGAAGAAGAACGUCUUAUGGACAUGCCUUUCGAUGUUAGUGAACCUCAAGUUGAAGGACACGACGGCUUUGCCAGAUUCUACUGGAAACAUGACGAACAAUUGCAUCCUUUGAGAAGGAAAAAAGGAAAAGGUGAAGACGCACAUGCUCCCAUGGAAAGAACAAGAUAUGCAUAUGAAAAGUAUCGUGAAGUUAGAAGUCAAAUUACAUCUGGUCGAACCUUUACAGUAAACUUUGACGAAGGAAAGAACAAAGAAGGCUUCAUGGGAGUACUUGCUGCAAUUCAAGACGGAAAUAAGAAAGGACACAAUCUCAGAUCGACCAUAACAGAUUUGGAUGGUCACAUUUACUAUGCACAUGGCAAUGAACAAACAGCCGCAAAACUUCUUGACGCUUUCAAGACUACAAAGAGAGAACAAAUGGUUGACUCCGACUCAGACAUUUUGAAUGCAAUUGAAGGAAU